CAGUUUGCCCAAAGGAUGGCCGGAAUGCCAUGCUGGGGCUACCUGCUUUCUGUUUUGAAGAUGCUUUCCCGCAGAAAGCGAGUCCCGGCUGGCUCGGAGGGCUCCAGCCUUCGCCGCUGCCUCUCCACCAUGGACCUCGUCGCCUUGGGAGUGGGCAGCACGCUGGGGGCUGGUGUCUACGUCCUGGCAGGGGAAGUGGCUAAGACCAGCUCCGGCCCGAGCAUCAUCCUUUCUUUCCUGAUCGCAGCCGUGGUGUCUGCUCUGGCAGGGCUGUGCUACGCCGAAUUCGGGGCCCGCGUGCCCCUGGCCGGGUCCGCCUAUCUCUACAGCUACGUGACAGUGGGCGAGUUGUGGGCGUUCAUCGCUGGGUGGAAUCUGCUGCUGUCCUAUGUCAUCGGUACUGCCAGCGUCGCCCGGGCUUGGAGUGCUACCUUUGACCAGCUCCUUGGCAAGAAGAUGGGGAGAUUUUUGGGUGCUCACACAGCCAUGAGCUCUGUGGGGCUGGCAGAGCACCCGGAUGCCUUUGCUGCUGGCCUGGUGGUCCUGCUGGCAGGGCUUCUUGCCUUUGGAGUGAAGGAGUCCACCAUGGUCAACAAAGCCUUCACAGCUCUCAACGUGCUUGUCCUGCUCUUUGUCACAGUGAGCGGCUUCAUCAAAGGCGACUUGAGCAACUGGAAGCUCAGGGAGGAUGACCUGCCACGGGUAGCUGCCUACGAGGCUGGGAACCAGUCCAUGGCUGACAACAUGACCAGUGCCUUUGGGGUAGGAGGCUUCAUGCCCUAUGGUUUCACUGGGACCUUGGCUGGAGCCUCUACCUGUUUCUAUGCCUUUGUUGGGUUUGACUGCAUCGCUACCACGGGGGAAGAAGUGAGGGACCCGCAGAGAUCCAUCCCCAUGGGCAUCAUCCUCUCCCUCCUCAUCUGCUUCCUGGCGUACUUCGGGGUGUCUGCCGCCCUCACCCUGAUGAUGCCCUACUACCUCCUAGACACCAUGAGCCCGCUCCCAGCAGCUUUUGAAUACGUUGGCUGGAGCAGUGCAAAGCAUGCCGUGGCUGUGGGGUCACUAUGUGCCCUGAUGACCAGCCUCCUGGGCUCCAUGUUCCCCAUGCCGCGGAUCCUGUAUGCAAUGGCUCGAGACGGGCUCCUCUUCAAACCUCUGGCCAAAGUUAGUCGCCGUCAGUGCCCGGUGGUGGCAACGCUGGUGUCUGGAGGAGUGGCAGCUCUCCUGGCCCUCCUCUUCGACCUGAAAGCCCUGGUUGACACGAUGUCCAUCGGCACGCUGCUGGCCUACUCGCUGGUGGCUGGCUGUGUACUGCUGCUCAGGUAUCAGCCUGGACCCAGCGCUCAAGACACUCCUGCGGGGAAGGUCCUGGCUGUGCAGCUCUGGUGGGACCAUCUUGUCCGGCCGCCCCUGCAUCCCACCUCGUGUUCCUCCACUGCGGUGGCCUGGGCUCUGACAGCCGUAGCCGCCCUGGUCUGCGCCGUGAGCUGGGUGAGCAUCGCUGGGCUGCCCUGCCUCCGGGCUGGGGAUGCCUGGUGCAUCGCUGCUCUGGCUCUGCCACUCCUGGGGAUCCUGGUGGCAGCUCUGCUCGUCUGGAGGCAGCCUCAGAGCCCGGAGAGAGCAUCCUUCAUGGUUCCCUGCCUGCCCUUCCUGCCACUCCUCAGCAUCACCAUCAACAGCAUCCUGAUGGCCCGGCUCAGUGCGGCUGCCUGGCUGCGGUACCUGCUCUGGAUGGCCAUCGGUUUCCUUAUUUACUUUGGCUAUGGGAUCUGGCACAGCGCCGAGAGCCGCCGGCCCGAAGGGGCAGCUCCCCAGGAGCCGCCGGGAAGCACGGCCAGGGAGGUGGCCCCAGAGCCCUGCGGAACUGCGUGGUCUCAUCCUGCGGAGGGGCACAGCCCUGACAUGAGCCCCAGGAGCUGUUUUCUCCUGAGUCUGGUGAACCUCCCUGAGCAACCUGAAUCCUCAUGCGAAGCCCCUGCUGAAGGAGUUUUGUUCAGAGAGGAUAAAGCAGACAAGUGUUUUUGCUCCUGUUAUUGGGUUGUGGGGGUUUUUUUUUAUGCUCCUGCAUUGGUCCCCAAAACCACUGACAGGGGAUUCUUGAGGCUGCUGCUUCUUACAGACUUGUAA